AUGCAAAGGGUAGGUUUUCCGAGUAUGAGGAGCUUGGAUAAAUUCAAGUCCCUCUCGAAAUCGGUCUCAGGAACUUCGAAUAUCUUCGCCUACUCCUCGCGUCCUCCAGAUUCGAACUCUUCUGGAAGUUUCGCAAAUUUGAAGCUCACCGCAGAGAAAUUAGUGAAAGAGCAAGCUUCUGUGAAAACUGAUCUGGAAAUGGCGAACACAAAGCUGAAAAAAUCAGUGGAGCACAUCCGUGCAUUAGAGGAAAAAUUGCAGAAUGCUUUCAAUGAAAAUGCUAAGCUUAAGGUGAAGCAGAAGGAAGAUGAAAAGCUGUGGAAGGGAUUGGAGUCUAAGUUUUCUUCAACCAAAACUCUCUGUGAUCAACUCACGGAUACUUUACAGCUCUUAGCUGGCCAGGUUCAGGAUGCCGAGAAAGACAGAGAGUACUUUGAAGGAAAAAUCUCUGCGAGUGCAAUAGCUCUUGAUGGUUUAAAUAAACAGAUGAAUGGUCUGUCUCUAAAAUUAGAGUCUGCAGAGGACAUUAUAAGGAACCGUGAAAAGCAGCUGGAGGAACUCAAAUCUGAUAAAGAAGAAAGGGAAAAAUCUUACAGAGAUGAACAGAGCAGAACUGCAAAUCUCAUAGAGGAAAAAGAUGCUAUGAUAAAGAACUUUGAGGCAACUCUAGCAACUAAUAGGUUGGCUACAGAAAGUUUGAACUCUAAGUUGGGUGAGGUGCAUCUUGAGUUAAAAUUGAAAGAGGAUGAAAUCAAACGUUUGAUAACUGUCCAGGAAAACUUGGAAAAGGAAAAGCUCGGUGUUCAAUUGAGCAACGAUGACCUUGUUAAGAGAUUAGAUAUGUCUGUCCUUGAGAUAAAAAACCUUGAAGGGUUUGUUCAUGUGUUGGCUGCACACUUGGUCGAAUUGGAUAAACAAAGUUUGGAUUUUUUAGACAAGUUUGAUAAGCUAAACUCUCUCUAUGACGCGUGCUUCAAGUUGGUCCAGCAGGAGAGAGACCUUUCUACCAAGCUUUCUCAGAGACAGUACGAUCAACUGCAUGAUAGAUUUCUGACCUUAACAUCAGAAAAAGAUGCUAUAGAAUUGGUAAAUCAGGAGUUGAACAAUAAGGUCCUCAAACUCCAGAAAGUUCAGGAGUCUGUUAUGCCGUGAGCCAGAGAGAGGAUACAGAACUUGGAGUCUGAAGCAGAAGGUCUGGUCUCAAAGAAAAUUGAAACAGAGAAGUUGGUCUCCCAAUUAGAACUGCAAAUUAAUUCUCUGUCAGAAAGUUCAAGAUCAUCUGAGAACAGAAUGCAAGAUCUGUUGCUGAAAAUUUCGGCAUUAGAAACUGAGAGUAAAGAUUAUACAGAGAAAUUACAAGCAGAGUUACAGAAAAAAGCUGAAGAAAUAGAUAGUUUACUAAAGGAGGGUGAAAAACAUGAAGAGCAAGUAGAUCUGAUUGAUAAACAAGUCAGUCAGCUUCAAAAUAUGCUAGAGGAGAAGGAGAACCUUAUUCUGCAACAUAAGGCACGAGAGAAGAAUCUGGAAGAACAGAACACAGGGAAUCGGGCAUUGCUGGCUGCUGCUGAAAGUAAACUUGUGGAAGAUAAGAAGCAAUAUGAUCUCAUGCUAGAGAGUAAACAACUGGAAUUAUCAAGGCAUUUGAAAGAUAUCUCUCAGAGGAAUGAUCAGGCAAUUAAUGACAUCCGGAAGAAGUAUGAGGUGGAGAAGCUGGAGAUAGUUAACAUGGAAAAGGAAAAGGCCGAAAAAAUUGUUGGAGAAAGGGAGAGAGAAUGUGAGAAAAAACUUGAAGAAUGCAAAGAAGAAUCUAGGCAGUACUUGAUGCGUGUUCAGGAGGAACAUGCUACUCUGGUCAGUCGUAUUCAGCAAGAGCAUGAUAAAAAGGAACUCGGUCUAAAAGCUGAACACAGUGAAGCGUUCAAGCAUAUCCAACUUCAAGCUGAAAACGAAUUGAGAGAGAAAAUGACAUCGCUGAGGAACGAACAUGAAGCGCAGCUUAGAGGUUUGAGGCUCGAGCACGAAGAUGAGUGUAAGAAGCUGCAGGAUGAGUUGGAUCUUCAAAAGUCCAAGGAGGAGAGACAGAGGGCAUUACUGCAAUUGCAGUGGAGAGUUAUGGGUGAUAAACCCCAGGAGGACCAAGAAGUGAAUUCAAAGAAGGAUUACUCCAUUUCGUCAAGGCAGAUGAGAAACUCUGUUGGUAGAAAAAGAGGUCAGCAUUCUCUGGUACCAGAGAAUGAUGAAAAGGAUUCACCUUUACUGGUAGCAACACAAACUCCAGUGUCAAAGUUGUUGAAGAAAGUAGAGAACCCAAACACAGGAAGAAUAAUGAGUAUUCCAAAGCAUCACAAAAAGGUAACUCAUCGGGAAUAUGAAGUUGAAACCUCUAAUGGAAGAACAGUCACGAAAAGAAGAAGAACAAGAAGCACAGUGAUGUUUGAAGAUCCAAGAAAACAUAAAAAGACAAGUACUCCAAAAGCCACUACUCCCAGGAGUGUUGUUAAGGGAGGAGGUCAACCAAAUCCUUCAAACAUGGGGGACUUGUUUUCAGAAGGGUCUCUGAAUCCAUAUGCAGACGAUCCCUAUGCAUUUGAUUAA